CAAACGUCUUCCAGGAUUACGCCUUGACUCUUGACUUGGGAAACCGGACUACGGGAGACGACGACUUCUCAGAAAUCCGAAUCAGGCGAGCAGACGGCAGCGCCCGCCGCGAGACCUUUCCUCGUCAGGCUCCGAUGGCGCUCUCACACCUCUCCCGCCGCCUCCUGAGCCCAACGGCUGCGGCCGCCGCCGCGCACCUCCCCACCCAUAAGACAUUCGCCCACGGCCGCGACCCCUUCGUCCUCCUGAAUCCGGGCCGCCGCUUCUUCUCCGCGUCCUCAAACCCCAGCCCCAACCCCUCCUCCACGCCGUCAGAGUCCAGCCAGGGCGCCCCAUCCGCGCCCGUGUCGCCGGAUGAGAUGCGGCACCAGGAGAUCGAGGGCCCCACGGUGGAGCGCGACACGUCGCCGCUGGCCGACGAGACGCGGCGGGAGCUCGACGCGCUCCGCCGCACCGUGCAGCGCCUCAGCGGCUCGCUCGCGCUCCUCGGAGGGGCGCACCUCGCCGCCGGCGCGUGGAUCGCCUACGGUGCCCCUCCGCUCGGUGUCGGUUCCGCCGCGGCGGUGCAGGGCGUGGCGGCGUUCGCGUUCCCCUUCGCGGUCGCCCUGGUGCUGCGCCGCGCCAUCAAGCCCAUCGCCUUCUUCCAAAAGAUGGAGGCCAACGCGAGGCUGCAGGUGCUCACUCUGUGCCUCCAGGCUACGAAGAACGUUAACCUCAUGCUGCUCCGGACGCGGGUGAUGGCCAUCGCUUGCGCUCUUGGGGUGUCUGUCGCGUCAGUUGCUGCGGUGUUGAUGCGAUGAUUUUAAGUUCAGAUCUCUGCGGGAAUGAUAUUUAGUUUUCAGGAUCUGAGGAAUAAAAAAGCGCUGGUCAUAUUCAAGUAGACUAGGAAGAACUAUGACAUUUUGGAGCUUUUGGAUGUUUGGAUCGGGCUUAGUUUUGGUGAUUGUACACGAGAGAGAUUACAAUGUGAUUGCAUGGUAUAUUUCUAUUACAAUGAUAUUACUCUUCAGCCUAUCGAACCAAAUUGGUAAAAUUUAGCAUCUUCCUUUUAAAUGAACCAGCUCCAUGUUGAUAUCCUGUUUGUUAAUAACUUGGCUACAAAUUCUUUA